AUGGUCAAGAUGGGUUUGAAACCCGACCCGGUUACUCCUAACCCGACUCAGGAUAAUGCCAAGGAGAUUCGUUACAGAGGCGUUAGGAAGCGUCCAUGGGGCCGUUACGCCGCCGAGAUCCGAGAUCCGGGGAAGAAAACACGUGUCUGGCUCGGAACCUUCGAUACGGCUGAGGAAGCGGCGCGUGCUUACGACGCGGCGGCGCGUGAUUUCCGUGGAGCUAAGGCCAAGACUAAUUUCCCGAAUUACCUCGACAUGAGUGAGAAAGCUCCGGCGAUCGGCGGUUUUACGCGUAGCCCGAGCCAGAGCAGCACAGUAGACUGCGGUUCUCCUCCGACGGUGGUUACGCCGGCGACGACUGGGAUUGUUCCGCCGCAGCUCGAGCUAAGCCUCGGCGGAGGAGGCGGCGCGUGUUAUCAGAUCCCGAUGACACGUCCUGUUUACUUUUUGGACCUUAUGGGUGUUGGAAACGGAGGUCGUGGUCAGACUCCUCCGGUUUCGUCGUCGGUGAUGCAUGUUGCGACGAAGACUGGUUGUGGUGGGGCCCAGAGCGACUCUGAUUCUUCCUCAGUCGUUGAUUUCGAAGGUGGGUUAGAGAAGAGAUCUCAGCCGUUAGAUCUAGAUCUAAACUUGCCUCCUCCAUCGGAACAGGCUUGA